UAAAAAGAAGGAACAAACACAACGCUCGAUAUCAUGAAUUAAAUGCGUCAGUAGUCAGCAGCAGCAGGAUACAAUGAAGUUAUUCCCCAUGAAUCAUUCGAUGCUUAUGUAACGCUAUGCUUUAAGAACACCUAGGCCGUGGAUUGAAACAAGGAGAAAUACCUGCUUGAAGGCAUACAGGGAGUCUCGUGACAUGCUUUGAUUAUGAUCCCGAUGGAAUGUACACAACAAGUAUUUUGGAUUGGGAAGGAGUUUGAAAAACAACUUGUAACAAGUAGCCUGCCGCCUCUAUUUAAGGCGUAUGCAUUCCAUUAUAUUUUGCUGGCUUGUGGUAGAUGAAUUCAAUAAGGCAAGAUAUCACACAUGUAUGUUAUAAUAGUACAAAGCAGCUCAGAUCUUCACGAAUAUGUGUGGCGAGCACAUUUAUAUAGUAUAUUUAAAUGAAUUGGCAAAUAUUCGGAAAACGUGGACGUCUUUUUCCAGCUUGUGUGGAGUGUUUAGAUGAACGUGACAUGCUAUUAUGCGAUAGAAAUUAGAACGGAAUUCAAAGGGAAAAUCAAGGUGAUAUCAAAAUCGAAACAAAUAAACGUAGAAGGAAUUAGGAAAACCUCAAUGGAGCUGAAAGUAUUAAAAUGUUGCUGGAGUCAAAAGUAAAAUGGCGUCACGUUUGUCGAAAACAAUGCUUAAUGGGCUUGUGAUAAGUAUCAUCGUUCUCAUCCUAAUCAUCUUUGCUCAUCAUAUAUCAUCGAAUAAUGGAAGCAAUAUUUGUGACCAGCCGGACGGAUAUAACAUCGACUUUACCAGCUCUAAUUUUAGAAACGGACUAUCCGAACGGGAAUGUGUCAGCAAACGAUACAGAAUCGAAGCCUCCGGAUUUGCGGUAUACCGUCACACAGAUGGUUAUUUUAGCCAUCAUCGCUUCAAUUCUUAGCUUUCUAACGGUCUCGGGCAACGUCAUGGUCAUGAUUUCAUUCAAAAUAGAUAAACAGCUCCAGACUAUUAGCAACUACUUCCUUUUUUCACUUGCCAUUGCGGAUUUUGCAGUGGGACUAAUUUCCAUGCCUCUUUUCGCGAUUUCAACAAUUCUAGGCUAUUGGCCGUUAGGCCCUUACAUAUGUGACACGUGGCUUGCAUUAGACUAUCUUGCAUCGAAUGCAUCUGUUUUGAAUUUGCUCAUCAUUAGUUUUGACCGAUAUUUUAGUGUAACUCGACCUUUAACAUAUCGUGCAAAAAGGACAACAACUCGCGCCGCGGUAAUGAUUGGGGCGGCAUGGGGUAUCAGUUUAUUACUCUGGCCACCAUGGAUAUACAGUUGGCCUUACAUCGAAGGGAAGCGCACGGUGCCGCAAUAUCAGUGCUAUAUUCAAUUCAUCGAAACCAAUCAUUACAUUACCUUCGGCACAGCCAUUGCUGCUUUUUAUGUGCCUGUGACUGUUAUGUGUUUUUUGUAUUAUCGAAUUUGGCGUGAAACGAAAAAAAGACAAAAAGAUUUGCCGAAUUUACAAGCGGGAAAGAAGGAUUCUUCGAAGCGAUCUAAUUCAAGUGAUGAGACUACUGCUGUAAAUCACUCUGGAGUUGUUUCAAUUUCGCAUGGAAGCGACCACGAUGGAUGGCGCCGACCUAGAUCAGAGUCCUCUGCUGAUGCUGAGAGUGUUUAUAUGACUAAUGCUGUUUUGUCGGAUUCGGGCUAUGGGCAUGGAAUUCACUCGAAAAGGUCAAGUAUCACAAAUCCUGGCGGCCUAAAAAAAUCAAAUACAUGUUUUGGUGGUAUUAAAGAGUGGUGUAUAGCGUGGUGGCAUUCAGGUCGUGAAGAUUCAGAAGAUUAUGGUUAUGAGCAAGAGGAACCAUCAGAUUUAGGGUAUGCAACACCUGUAUCCAUAGAAACUCCUUUACAAAGCUCCGUAUCCAGAUGUACAUCUUUAAAUGUAAUUCGAGAUCCGUACGCAGCGGGUCGACCUGGCAUGGUGAGCAUUAUACCCGACGUAUCACCCACACCUCUGCGACCACCACUAGCGCCUCUUUCUCAACUCCAAGAAAUUCCGGGACCACGUGAUUCUCGAUCAUUACCAAACAGUAAUCGACUCGGUUCACGAUCAGUUAGUCAAGACUCAGUGUAUACCAUUCUAAUACGUCUGCCGCCGGACGGUGGACAAGGAGAUGAGCGUGCACCCUCUAUUAAGAUGAUUCAAGAUGAUGUUCCUUUACCAGUGAUGUCAGUACCACCUCGACGACCGUUACCGUCACGUGACUCCGAAUAUAGUCUCCCGAUUGGACGAAGAAUGUCUCAUGCGCCUGAUAUUCGAAUACCACUGAACGCUAAAAUCAUUCCUAAGCCGCUAGCCAAAUCGCAGCCGUUAACAAGACAAGCAAAAAAGAAGAAAAAAUCACAAGAAAAGCGUCAAGAAACGAAAGCAGCUAAAACUUUAUCUGCCAUCUUGCUAAGUUUCAUCAUAACCUGGACGCCAUAUAAUAUUUUGGUGCUAUUGAAGCCAUUGACGACAUGCACAAAUUGCAUUCCCCAAGAACUGUGGGAUUUUUUCUACGCACUUUGUUAUAUUAAUUCGACAAUUAAUCCAGUUUGCUAUGCGCUUUGCAAUGCGUCUUUUCGACGGACUUACGUUAGGAUUCUAACAUGCAAAUGGCAUACGAGAAAUCGAGAAGCAAUGACCCGAGGGGUUUAUAAUUAGUUGAUAAGAUACUAAAUUAUUCUAACAUAAUUACUGAAAAUUUUCCGAGAUAAUUUACAUUAACGCUCUGUUUUUCGGAGUAUUUUUUUGUGAAAAGUACUGAAGCAAUUUUUAAAAAAUUUCUGUCGGAAAAUCGUAUUUGCCAGGUGAAAUGCCUAGUGCAUGCUCACGUUAUCUUGGGCUGCUUUUCAUAUUUGCAAUAUUUACGCUCAGCAAGAUUCGAUCAUUUGGAACGAGUUUAUGAAAUAGGUACAUAUUGGGAAAGCCAUGUGCGAGGGGAGGGAAAGAAUUCAUGAAAACUCUUCAUUUUUCGGUUUUGUUACCGCUUCGAGGCCUCCAAAUCCGCCCUUCCAACGACACUAUUAAUAAAAUGACAGAGUAGAAUCUUUAUUCAUAAAAAGGGUUCCUAAGUUAUGCUAAAAUUUUUGUAAAAAAAAUAACUAAGAUGACUUUCCUUUAUGCAAUAUAUACUUUCAUAUUUUAUACUGUCACUGAUUUGUUGAGUUGAAAUUGAGACUUAGUCGAGACUAUAACUAUGCAUGUGGACUUAGGCUGUUUCUCUAUAAAGGUACAGGGAGUGCAAAGGAAUAAAUUAUACUGUCUAAUUGACUUAAUGUUUUUUGAGAAUAAUAUCGGAUACCUAAAUUUGUAAUAAUAGCUGCUAUGUUGCAAUGAAUAGAGGAAACGUUCUUAAAUCGCAUACUUGCACUGCAGUCAGUAAUUAUUCCUGGGGAUACCUAGGUGAUUUAUGCAAUCUUCUUAGCUUACCGAACAGAAAAUAAAAAUAACCGAAAACAAAUAAAAUGAGGAUGAUUGUUUUCAAUAACAGCUUAGAUUAAACAUGAAACACCACCAACAGCUGGAUUACUACAAAUAUUAUUUAAAACUCUAGACAUAUCUUACAUAGUCUAAACUAUAUAUCCUCCUGAAUUUGAAUUAUUGAAUUAUUUGCUGUCAACUUACAAUUCAGUGAAAAUUUUGUUCAUCCAUCUUCUAUACAUUUUUCCACUUAGCAAUUUCAUGUAAACCACAUAUGUGUAAUGUUAUAUAUAACAAUUCAAUAGAACUAUUACAUGGAACAACAAAAAAAUAAAGCGACUUCUUAUAAAAAAGUUAUGAUCUGAAAAUGUAAAAAAAAAUCCCGAAAAUCUUUUUGUACAUACAAUUGGUACCGAAACCAAAUGUUAAAGCGAAUUCUAAGUUUAAUUUAGAGGGAAGCGAACGCAAGAGAAAGUAGUUAAAAUAGCUAAGGAAAUUGUAAUAAAAUAUUCUGAAAAGUUUAAUCAAUAGUUUGUAAUACUUUUUCAUACUCGUUAGCUAUUGAUAAUAAAAAUAGGUUAUUGAUUGAUGUUAGAACGCAAAUUGAGAAAGUAUUUUUGUUUGUUAAUGUAUAUUUUCAAGACCGAUACUUUUGCAAGUAUGAUUAUUUAAAUUAUUUCAGGACAGGCUACAUACUGAAGUCGAAAAGCAUAAUUUCCUUUUGAAAUUUAGAAUAUAUAUGAUCCAAAUUUAUUUACCUAAAUUAUUUAAACAGUGCCAUUUCUAUUUGAAUUAUUGAAUACAAGUAAGAAAUGAAAAUGAAAUCAAAACUAUAUGUAAAAAUAAUAUUUAAGUAUCGAGACGACAUAAACAGCUACUAAAUGGAAACAAACAAAAGUACUAAGAUUAUAUUACCAAACAAAUAGGAAUUAUAUAUAUAUAUAUAUACUUUGUAUAUGUGAAGACUAGAUUAGCAAAUACUACCCCAAUUGAAGAAAGAAGACUAGACAUAGAUGAAAUAUUAUAUAAAAUUUUCACAUUAUUUUCUUUUUUUUGUGUUAUUCUGAAAUUUUCUUUUAUACAAGCAAGUAAAUUUUUUUCUGAACGAAUGUUUACCAGUUUUCAACACAGCUACACAUUUUAAUGAAAAAUACUCGGGCUUUACAGGAACAGAAAUCCAAAGAGUCAGUCACAGCAAAAAAGAAUAAAAGCUUUAAUUAUUAUUACAGUACUAUAUAAGUUAAACAUAUGGAUUUAGUAGAUAAUAAGCAGAAAAAUUUCACCUGAUAGGAGAUAGCACAUCUUUUAUUGAUAUUAUAGUUUCCACUCGAAAUAGGGAGACCACGACUCUGAAUGCGAACUAAAGCCCGCGAUGUAUUAUAUUGUUUUCCAUUCAUGCAAACCAAAUUUAUAUUUAAGGAAAAACGGAACAGAGGGGAUAUUAUGCACCUGAUAAGGAAUCAAAUACAGAUGUAAUUUAUUGGACGUUGCUCAAUGUUCAUUGGAAUAAAAUAACAGCGAUUUUUUCCUCUAUAAAACAAUUAAUUAUGUUUUUGUUUUCAAGAGCGCUUAUGUAGUUAGAAAAUAUGGUAAAAAAUGUUUAGUUUAAUAAUUCUUAUCUAAAAUUAAAUUUUCGUUUAUUGAAAAAUUUAACAAUAUUUCAUACGAUGUCUCCAGGAAGAUUGAUAUUGACAAAUCGCAUUCUAAAUUUUCAUAUUUUCAUCUAAAAAUUGGUAACUUGUUGAACGCACGUUUUUGGAGGUGAAUAUUUUAUACUUGCCGCACUCACUGUAAGGGUAGAUCAAGGAAUUUCCCCUCACUCCAUAGUUAUCUGCAUUACAGCUAUUAUUCAGCAAAGGCAAAUUAAAUUAAACUUGCAAGACACACGCACAUUGAUACAAAACUAAUUUAUCAACAUGUCAAAAACUACAACCUAAUACGUGAAAAACCAAAAAAAAAAACCUAAAAGAAUUUUGUAAAAGAAAGAAUUGUAUAAAAAUUUAUAAUAUACGGGUAAUCCAAAAAAAUACUUAUAUAUGAAAAAUGAAAUGAUAUGAUGACAAAUAUGUAUGUAUGUUUAUUAAAAAAAAAGAAAAUGAAAAUAACAGUGAAAUAUCAGUAACUCAUUUUAUGGUUCCUAACAUUCCAGGAAAUAGGCAAAAUUGACAUGGUAAGUAUAUGAAUUUGAGUCAAACCUUAACGGUCCCAAUAUCAGGAAAAAUUAAAACCGAAAUAGUAUAAUGACAACCUUUUUGGGUUUCUCGCUCUUUAUUUAGUAUACAAUAAUAAACUGACAUAUAUCAGUAUUCCAGCAUCUUCGGUAAUUAUGUUUUCCAAUGAAAAUUUUUUUGAGAAAUUACAAAUUCCACUAAAUUAGUAUAUUGAAGCUUGAUAACUAACUACACCAAUUCAGCGUUUUUACAUAAUAUAACUGGAAGUGCAAGAUACACAACCCCAUGUGAGGUUCUCAAUUUCCGAUUGGUCUGAAAUUUGUUGUUAUCAAGUAAUUUUGCAGAAAAAUAUAAAAAAAAAAAAUACAAAAUUUGUAGCCGUUUGCUACAUCAAUAUGCAACACUAUUAUUAUUAUUAUUAUAUUAUAUAAAUUCAUUUUUCAAAAAGGAAACAAGUAGCUCUAUCAAUAUGGUUGCAUGGUGCACAAGGGUAAAUCCAUACUCCCUGCUACAAACUUAGCUUUUAUUAAGUUUUUUAUAAUUGCAGAAAGGUAUAAAGAUGAUAAUGAACUGAACAUAUUCUCUUCAAAUCAGAAAGAACAAUUACAUCUAUGACGUCAAUGCGGAUUUGUGAACUAAAAUGCUAUUAACAUUAGUAAUAAUAUCAAUUAACAUGAGGGCAAUCCACCUUACAAGGUCAUGCCGUAUACUGUUCAAGGCGAUUAUCACGCGCCUUUUCUUUUUCGUUUGUGCUCUCAUAUGACAUUAGAUCCGUAAUACACCCAAACAUGUACAGCUCGAUUGUCCUUCGCCACAAAGCACUAUUCUGCGCCUACUCACGGCAAACACAAUUUUCUUAAUUGCUAACUACGACAGUUCUAUCUCUUUUAUCGGCCAACAAAAUCAUUUUAAUUUUCGGAGGCGACUAAUGCUGCUAUUUCACUUGUGACAUUAGUGUACGUAUCGUACUCCUGCCCCGCUCUGCGAGCUUAUCGUCCUUACAAUCAUUAGUACAACGUAUUAACUUUCCAAUAUACAAGUACAUCAAAUAUGCAGUUAUGACAGGAAAUCACUAUUGUCCGUCUAACCACCAUUUCCAUACUGGGAAAUAGCUCCCUCCCUUCAGCCUUUCUUGUCUUCCUCUUCCAUCGACCCAGUUGUUUGCCACCGUAAUUACGUUUCCGUAUAUAUGGAGAAGACGGAUCUUGGCUUUGCAUCAGGAGGAAUAAAUUAUCAUACUUAGGAAUAUUCUAUCCACUUUAUACCCGCCGGUCGGAUUAUUUCAUUCGAAAUUUCAGUAGAUUUUCUCUGCCCUUACGUUUAUAAAUUUUAACUCUCUGGACGAACUUCCAACAAGUUUAUCAAC